AUGAAUCAACCAGAAGAUCUUUUAAAUUUGGGACACUUAGAAAACUUGUCAGAUUACACAAUAUUUAAGAAAAAGACACCAGCAGUAAAGAGAUAUCCAAAUAGUGCCAGAAAAACACUUACUAAAUGGUACAUAAGUUUUGUAAAGAAUAAUAAUCCAUGCAUAAAAUAUAAAUAUUGGAUUAGUGUUAAUGGAUAUCUUGAAAAUAAAAAUUUAAUACAAAGUUCUCCUAUUUUAGAUAUUGAAGGUCCUCUUAUUAUUAUGACUUCUAAUACUAAGUAUUAUCUUACUAGUGAUUCUGAUGUCUUAAAAAAUGUGCCACAUUCAAGAUUUGAUUUAACAGAGUUAUCAAAAUUUUCUAAUGGAUUUCCUUCUGAUUGGAAGGAUAUUAUAAUACAUCAACUUACAGAAAUAUUCGGAGCUUGUCGUAUACGGUCAGUUAAUACUGAUUUUGAAAAAGUACUAUCACCCUUUGAUAAACUUUAUAAUGAUCUUUUUAAUAAAAAUAAAGAAGAUAAAGGCAAUUUAAGAUCAGAAGAAAAUACUAAAAAUAUAGCUUAUAAUAAUAAAGUUGAAAAUUCUGCUAUUAGUGAAGAUAUUAAAAAUGCUAGAUUUACAGAACAUGAUGAUAUGUUUAAAACUAACGAAAAUAAAGAAUUCAAGAAAUUGUCUAAUGAAGAUAAUAUUCGUAAUACAUCAUUUAAUGAUCAUGUCUUAGCAAAUUCUUCGAUUAGAAAUCAAAUUACAGAAGCUACAGUAAAGAGUCAGAUUUUUAAAGAAGAAAAUUAUGAACCUUCAAUUACUAAAAGUUAUGCUUCUAUGCAGAAUAGACAAGUAGAGUCAAAUAAUUUAAGUGAAGAAAUUGAAAUUUUGUCUAAAUCUGUCAAUAAUGAAAAUUCUACUGUUGUAAAAAACAAUAAUAUUGUUGAAGCAUCAGAUAUUUUUUUAGAAGACAAUAUAAAAGAUAUUUUUUGUACAACAGAAAAAAAGGAGAGCAUAAAUGAUGCAGAAAUUGAAGAAGAGCAUAAAUUAGACCAGACAGAAGUGUCUAGUAUUUCUAGUAAUCAAUUAAAUAAGGGAAAUAGAUCUUUUGACAGCGUAAUGAGUUUUAUUAAUAAUCAGAAAAUUAAUAAAAAUUUAUCAAAAAUGAAAAGUAAAAAAAAUCUUAAAGAUAAGUCACUUAAUGGCGAUUUAACUUUUGAUAAAAAAAAUAUUGAUGCAAAUAAAACAAGAACAGAUGAUUUAUCUGAAUUUUUUAUGAAUAGCAGUUUUAAUAUUCCUGAUAAAGAUAAAGAAAGUAUGAAUUUUUCAAAAUUCCAAGAUAAUACAGUUUUUGAGCCAGUAAAGUCCGUUAUUGAGAAUGAAGCCGACAAAGGUAAGAUUAUUUCUAUCGAUGAUAUAAAAGAAGAAGAUUAUGUACAAGAUUCUCAUAUAAUUGAAAGUAUCUUAGGGUUGGGUAAUAGUUUUAAAAAUGAUACAUUUAUGCCGAAUGAGUCUGAUAAAAUUAAUAUAUCACUUGCAAAUCAACUGACAAAAAAUGAGAUUGAUGAACAAAGUUUUGUAAGUAAGAAAGGUGAAAGUAGUGACCAAAGUUUUGUAAGUAAGAAAAAUAAAUUAAGUGAACAUAGUUCUGCAAAUAAAAAAAAUGAAAGCAGUGAAAAUAAAUCAAUGCUUGAGGAGAUUAUGAAUAGUAGAAUACGUAAACCAUAUUCUUAUGAAGGGGCUAAGACCUUUAAAGUGACCACACCGAAAAAGAAAAAAUCUGUUAAAUCUGAACAAGAUAGCAUUUUAAAAAAAGAUGAUAAUAUUUUAGAAAAGGAAAAUAUGUCAGAUGUAAAUCAUAAUUCUAAUAAAUUAUACAGUAAAUCUUUAGCCUUGGCAGAUGCAAACUUAUCACUUACUAAGGAGAUACAAGAAAUAAAAGAUAUGUUAAAUGUGGAAAAAUCAUUUUCUAAACAUGUAAGUGAUUCAGAAGCAAAUGCAACAACUUCAAGUCUUAAAGGAUCGCAACCUACUAAAAAAAAGAAAAAAAGUCGAGUUAGUUUAUGCAUGCCAAAAAAAACUUCGUCACAGAAGAAAAGUUAA